AUGGACGGGCACGAAGACGAGUCUACUCAGGCAGACUCCAGUCCUUCACAGCAUCCUCUCAAAUUAUUUGAUCUGGCCAAAAGCGAGGGAAGAUUUCUCUGUGCAUGCGCUCCGAUGGUGAGGUACAGCAAACUAGCAUUCAGACAAACAGUACAUGCGUACGGGACAGACCUAUGCUGGACGCCCAUGAUCCUAGCAAAGGAGUUCAAUCGUAGCUCCAUAGCCCGUGACAGCGACUUCACAUAUUCCACUACAAAACCCCGCCCCCCGACAAUCGUCCAGUUCGGCGCCAACGUACCCCUCGAGCUAGCCCGGGCGUCUUCCCUCGUUGUCCCCUACGCAGACGGCGUCGACAUCAACUGCGGGUGCCCGCAGUCCUGGGCCUGCGCCGAGACUCUCGGCGCCGCACUGAUGGAGAAGCGCGAGCUCGUCAGGGACAUGGUCCUCGAGACCCGGCAGAGGCUGCGGGAUGAAGGGUGGGCUGUGGGCAAGGAGAGGGACAUGGACAAUGCCAAGGGCAGGACCGUGAGCGUCAAAAUCCGGGUGCAUAAGGAUCUCCGAAAAACCAUCGACUUCAUAGACACCGUCCUAGGCCACGACAAGGACCGCAACAUCGACUUUCUCACCAUCCACCCGCGCACAAGGAAUACUCCCUCGACCACGCCCAUCAACCUCGAGGCCCUUGAGUUGCUAACAGAGAAAUACGGCGACAGCGUCCCUAUCCUCGUAUCCGGUGACGUCUUCUCCAUGGCCUCGCUGCCGUACAGGUCCCCUUACCUGGCGCCCAGGGAUGACGACGACGACAAUGAGCGUAGGAGGCCUUAUCUGUCUAAGCUCAGGGGCCUCAUGUCGGCACGGGCCCUUCUCGCCAACCCAGCGCUCUUUGCGGGCUACGAGGCAUGUCCGUGGGAAGCGGUCGAGCUAUUCAUGAACAAUGUCGUGAGGGCGCCUCUUCCGCUGAAGCUCGUGCAGCACCACCUAGGUGAGAUGUGCGCGCCCGGCUACGGCCCAGACAAGCACGCCCUGCUCAGCAAGAAGGAGCGCGCGGAGAUGUACAACUGCACUGACAUGUGCGCCCUGGUCGACUUUAUGGAUGAGAAGAUGAGAGCCCUCGACAGGCGAGAUGGGAUUCGGAGGGACCUGGUGCCAUCGGUUGUACAGACGAUAUGA